GGAGUCGUAAUGUGUAACCAUUGCACGAUCAUGUAAACAUCUUCUGUGCCUGAACCAAGUGAAUUAUUAUUUUGCCCAUCGCCUGUGAUCUACGCUGUAGAGUGUAGUUGUCUUGAGUAGAGAGAGAGAGAGAGAUUGGACUGAGUGACACAGACGUACUGGUACAUGGUAGAUCUACCUCUAAAACAUUUGAAUCUGAAACGAGAAUCUGAAACGAAAUUAUUAUUUUGAGGUGGAAGCAAGGUACUUAUCCCUAGAUUCCCGACCCUAACACCAGGACUUCCACAAUAUAAACGCCAUCGUGUGGUCGUUCAACGUGAAGUGCACAGAGCUGGAGAUAAUGUAGAGAACUUUGUGACAGUACCUGUCACGCUUGUUUGAGCCAGCCUGCCAAACAUGGAGACGUCGGAGCUGUCCAGUGCAGGAGCACGUCUGUGUUUGAGAAGAGUGGGGCGACCUUCAACAAUUGACACCAUUGGCGACGUUUUCCCUAUUCAUCUGGGCACGACCACACUUGGAAGGGCCAAGACAAGCAAUACUAACCACCGGAGUGUGGGCACGGAUACCCGGCAGAAGCGGCACAUUCACCUGGACUCCACUGUUCACAAGUGCCUGAUCUCACGCCAGCAUGCCAAGCUGCAGUGCUCGCUUGGCUGCGACAGUGCUGUGAAUGCCAACAUCUCGGACCUGAGCGUCAACGGUGUGUUUGUGAACAACGUGAAGAUCGGCCGGCCCACGGACCUACGGCCUGGCGACGUUGUCACCCUCGGUCACCUUCGCGGUGCCGCUCUUCCACCUGGGACCACUGCGGCACAGCCAACUUCAGAGUUUCAAUUCAGACUCGAGCGCUGCGGCGGUGAGCAGGUGGCAACAACUGCUCAGUCGACUGAAGCCGGGUUAGCAGCGAUCUCCGCUCCGUCUUCGCCGUGUCGCGCUGCAUCACCACAGUCGCCUGCCUCGUGUACCAGUUUUUCCGUCGGCCCGGAACGCAACUGCCGGUAUCCUGGUGUCAGGAUUGACUUCUCAACGCCACCGAGUCCGACCGGCUGCUCGGACGCGUUUGAGUUAUCCGCUUCGCAGCAGUCUGUCCAGAGCUCUGGAAGCUUCUGCUUCUCAACUGGCCUCGUACCUGACAGUGGAACGUCUGCAUCUAGACCACGGCCAAAGCACCGACGCACAGGUUCUGCGGCUAGCUCCGAUGCUUGGUCGGACGCUGACUCUACGCUUCUGGCGAACGGUCAGUUUUGCUCCUCGGUCAGCAGCAGCAGCGGUAGCAGCGCCAUGUCGCCUGGGAGCUCAGCGACGCACAACAGUCACAGUGUGCUCGCGGUGUCAGACCGUUGCAAUAUCAGCGCCAAUGAUCGCUGUGCAGCACUCCGAACGCUUAGUGUGGCGCCGCCGGCAGAGGGCGAUGGCAAGAGGACGGCAACGGCACUGAAAGGCAAAACACGCAGUCAUGCCAAAGCGCAGAAGCCACUGCUGUCAACACGCAAGAGUCGCCGUGCCAGUGCAGGAGUCCGGGAGGCUACGGCCAAGCUGACAGGUAGAGCGUCGCGCAAGCAGAGGCCUGGCAACAGCGGUGGUGACUUGGAGUACCACGAGGACAGGGACUGCUGUGCGUCGGUCGACUGCCAGCGACCGGGCCGGGAAAAAGUCCUAGACUGGGUUCAGUGCGAUGCUUGUGAGCUCUGGUAUCAUGUACCGUGCGUCACCAGUACCGCCCAGGCGUCUCUUGAUCUCAUUCGGAGCGCCGAGUUCCGGUGUGGAUGCGUGUAGCAGGUGUGCCCGUACUGCGUUUUGGGUUACUGCGGCGGCGCGGGCCAUUGCUGGCGCUGCAGUCGCUCACUCCCCGUGAGUGCUAUCCUGCUGCGGGCGAACACGGAGCUCCUCUGGUGUCGUUCGUAGCAGUGCUUGUUGACAGCUGUGUCUGAACCACAUACAUAUUCACUAUUCAGCACACGCAUACCGAAAUCAUUGUUUUCACACAUUACACACGAUGACGUAAUUAUGCCCAAGCAAGCUUGCACUGUGGCGACAUUUGCGGUACCCUAACUUACUCAAUGUGUAGUUUUGUUUAUCACAACCUGGUGUGAGAGGCUGCAGUGAUCAAUGCUCGUAGCUAGAAUACGAACUCUAUUUUACAGAUUUAGGUGACUACUUUUAGGCGCAAGCUACUUCUUUUUUUUCCGUUUAGUUGUAGUCUUGCUUGAAACGGCGGUGUGAUCAAGAGUGUGUGCGCUUGCUGUCACUUGCUUGAAACGGCGGUGUGAUCAAGAGUGUGUGCGCUUGCUGUGACUUCCUCCGUUGGCCUAUGUGCAACUGGAUACUAUUGCAUGCUCGUAGGCUGGCAACGUACCGUACUGCUUACUUCAAAUACUUCUACUGUUUCCUUCUUCACAUCCUACUAUCUUGGAUCCGCUCCCCGAAUAUCACUGCUGUUUAUCUUAGUAUUUUUUUUAAAUAUUUUAUUCAUAUUCCUUACUCAGGCCAGCAGACGUGUUAUUAUUAAUUUUGCAUUCCUGCGGCCGCAUCAGCCAGACUGUGGUGACCGUGUACCCAUACUAAUACCUACUGCAGUACCAAGAGUAUAAUUAUUAUA